UGCCCAUCCCUUAAGAGGUGGUCAUCAAGCAGUGAGGCGCGCGGACGAGUGAAAGCGGCACAGAUGAAAAUCCGACUCGUUUUUCUCGUUUGUGCAUUUCCAGAGUAGGUGGGACGCGCUCGUGUCAACAGCUCCGCUCGGCGCUUGGGUGGCUUCGGAUUUAAAACGCUCAGACCACAACAAAAGAUGUCAGCAAAACCUCCUCCGCUAAUACCUCGAAAGGCUUCAGGUGUCCGAGUCGUGCCUGUCCCAAAACAACCGUUUUCCUCUAGUGAGCUCCCAGAAACCAAUGAUUCUGGUCAAGAGAUUGAGGCCAACGUGGCGUCCAACCCUCCAUCUCAACUGAACGCAAAGAGAGAAGUGGAGAUCCUGAACCACUGUUUCGACGAUAUCGAGCGGUUCAUGUUGCGUUUGCAGCAGGCGGCCGAGGCCCAGACCAUUCUGGAGCAGAGGACCAAAAGAAGCAGGAAGGGCAAGAAGCACAGCCAAGAUGGCGAGGACUUGAUGACCAUGAAAUCAGUUCCUCCGUCAGCGGAGGAAUUCGUGGACCUCUUUCAGAAAAUCAAGUACUCCUUCAGUCUACUGGAUCGUGUCAAGUCAGCCAUAACAGAACCGAACGCACCGGAGUUGCUCCACCACAUCUUUAUGCCUCUCGAACUGAUGGUGAGAACCACAUGUGGGCCAGAGUUGGGCGGGUCAGUGGUCAGUCCUGCACUGACCUCUGGCGCUGUUUUGCUGCUCCAGGAGCACCUGACUCCAGAGGAAAAAGCUCUCUGGACUGAGUUAGGACCCAACUGGACUUCCCCAUGUUCUCAGCUCGGUGUGUCGGUCCCUCCUUACUCGCCCGUCUUCCUGGACGGGUGGCGGCCGCAGGCUUUCGACUCUUCUGGUUUUCCUUUGGAAGACCCAGUAGAGUCGCAACACAAACAAGAGGCAUACGAGCAGAGCAAAUGUGCGCCGGGAGGCGGAGACCACGUUGAGGAGACCGAUGAAGUUGAGGGAAAUGGACUUCCACCACCGGCGGAAAGACGUUACUGCUGCACUUACGAUUUUGUUGCAAGAAACAGCAGUGAGCUCUCAGUGCUGCAAGGAGAAACACUGCAGGUCAUUGAGUCGUCGAAGAGAUGGUGGAAGUGUCGCAAUCGCUUUGAUCAGAUAGGAUUUGUUCCACAUAAUAUUUUGGAACCAUUGUCAGCUUGUGCAGAAAACCCAACGAUGUCACCCAUUUCCCCUUCCUCCAUGUUCUUUCCCAACAAUCCGUCGAGUCCAGUCGGCACUUGUCCGACACCGACGAGCCCGACUGUACGACCUCAAAGUAUGGUUUUACCAUCCACAACAAUGAACGGAGACAACGGGGAUCGAGUGCUGAUAAUGAAUGAGGAGCUUCUCCAACGAAUGGCGCAGAAAAGAGUCCCCGGCAGCCGCCCCUCUCUCGCGGCGUCCCGCUCGGUGGAAACGACUUUUCCCUUGAACUAUCACUCCCCACCGACCGAGGUGGGGGCCUGGCUCGUAGAGAAGGGCUUCACUCAGCAGACGGUCCAGAGUCUCGGCAUUUUAACUGGAGCGCAGCUUUUUUCCCUGAAUAAGGGGGAGCUCUGUGAAGUGUCUCCAGAAGAAGGGGCCAGAGUGUACAGUCAAAUGACGAUGCAGAAGGCCAUUCUCCAGGAUGUGUGCAAGGUCUCCGAAUUGGAGAAGGCGAUGGAGAAGCAAAAGCUGAAGAUCGGCACGAUGCAAUGAGGCGGCGUGCGGAGGAGUGUCAAGAGAACUCGAUGCUUAGACAAAAAGCUAAAUGAGGAUCGAUCAGUCCUGGUUGAUGUACUUAAGUAUUUCUGUUUCUCAUGUACAAGCGAAAGCAAAAAAAAAAAAAAAAAAGUGUUACGAGAAGAGACUGAGAUCGUUGUCAGAGGUAGAAACCCACAAAAUGUGCACAUUAGCAUGCAUUAGCUUUUAAUUGCUAAUAAACUCAUUUUCUUGUCUUUUGUUAAAAUUA